AUGCCAGUGUUUGCUAUAAGUCAAUUGUGUAGUAAUAUAUUAAACACUAUACAAGAAGAAUUAAGAAACAAUAAUAGGAAUAAUGAUUUGUUUAUUUCUGAAAAUUUACAGUUAAGUGAAAUUUCUCAAAUGACAAAGGUUAUGACUAAAGAUAUAAAUAAUAAUUCUGAUAUUUUUAAUAAAGAGAAUUGGUUAAAUAUAGUAAAAAAUUGGACUAAUACUUUAGAUGAUAAAGAUAAUUUUAAUCAGAAUGAAUCUUCAAGUAAUGAAAUACUUGAAUUUGAAUUAGGUGAAUAUAUUACUUAUUUAGCAAAUAAUCUGUUGGCAAAUGAAAUUUAUUGGAUUUAUUCAAUGAUUCUUUAG